AUGCGCAAAAUACAUUUCCGUCGAUUGCGCAGUUCAUCGUGUAUCAUAAUUGUUUUAUUUAUUUUUAUUCUUAUUUUUACUACGAGGUAUCAACAUAAACAAGAAAAUACUGUUGAUAAUCAAGAAAAAAAAUCUAUUGGCUCAACAGAAAUCAUUUCUAUUCCAGCACCCACAAUUCCUACAAAAUAUCUAGUAGUGCCUUAUUAUGAAUUUGUCAUGCGUACAUCUAUUACUUGUCGGAUAAAUAAAAUCGAUAAUCCGGGAAAUAAUCCUGCUAAUUUGUAUCCAAAAUAUUCAAAAUAUUUACGGGGUCCUUUUCCGUACGUUAUACCAUCAACGAAUAUAACAUUUAAUGAUGUAGAACAGUUUUAUAUAAAAACGUUAGUUAAUAAGCCGAAAAAUAAACAAAUGAUUGAAACUCAUUUUGCUAAAAAUAUUACAUUCGAAAAUAUACCUUAUGUAUUUAAAGAUGGAUUAUGGUUUCCUGUUGGCGUUACAUCAGCGCAACGUACAGCUGUAUUAGUAACAUUACAAGGUCGAUAUUACAAUGCCAAGACGUUUUUAUUAAAUAUACAUGCAUUUCUCAGACGCCAGCAGCUAACAUAUACAGUAAUACUUAUUGAACAGGUUGCUCCUGUGACGCCACGCUUUAACAAAGGUCGAUUAUAUAAUACGGCUAUCAAUUAUCUUGAAAAACAAUCUCUGAACAUAACAUGUCUGAUAUUACACGACGUUGAUUUAAUACCUGAAAAUGAUGGAAAUUAUUACACAUGUGAACGCAGUCAUCCGAAACAUACAACGAUACGUGUUCGAAAACUGAAUGAUACCCGAGGUUAUACUCGAUAUUAUGAAUUUCUAGUCGGUGGUGUACUUCUAUUAACGUUUGAUAUGUAUAAAAAAUUUAAUGGAUUUUCAAAUUUAUAUUGGGGAUGGGGCGGAGAAGAUGAUGAUUUAGCAUUGAGAUUUAUUGAACAAAAAAUGUGUGUCGUUAGACCAACUUACGAAUCAGCUAUUUAUAUUGCAUUACAACAUCCAACGGGUAAACGAAAUAGUGCUCGCUUUGGUUUAUUGACGUGGUCAACGCUUCGCCUUUAUACUGAUGGUUACGAACAAAUUGAACUAUUAACACGUAUUGUUCAUAUAAAUCAAACAUCUAUUGUUACUCAUUUGCAAUUAGAUGUAGACGCCAUUCGAGAUCAUAAACAUUCUGCUUCAUCAAAUGCAAUCAAAACUGAUGGAAUCAGAACAAAAAGGAUUAAACCUGUAUAA